UCCAGCAGAGAGGAAGAUCCAAGAGGAUUCCCCUCUUUGGCCAAUUGCUCCUUGCAGGCUACCGGCUGCUGGGAGAAACGGGGGAUGCCCUUUUCCCCGCGGAAGGAGAGAAAACCCCGGGAAUUUCGCAAGAGAGCCGCUGCUCAGCCCCGAGUCCCAGCAGCGGCAGGCGUGGCUGGUUGCGCGCGCUCGCCAGCACCUUCCCUUACUCCUGCGAGGAAACUGUGAGGAACGACCUCCUUUGGCACUUACCUUUCCUCCCUCCCUCGGGAGAUUCAGCAAGGAAUAGUGGGCUCUCGGAGUUCUGGCGAAGACGCCCCAUGUUCAGACGUUCACACCUCAAAAUCCUGCUUAUUGGGAAUUCAGGAUCUGGGAUACAGCUGGUACAGAGAGGUUCCAUGCUCUGGGGACGGCCCUGUAUCGGGGAUCCGACUGCUGCCUGCUCGUCUUUGAUGUCACAUCUGUCUAUUCUUUUCAAGCCCUUGAGAAGUGGCACAAGCAGCUCUUGCUGCAGAUUGAGCCAGAGGAAGAACCCACUUUUCCCAUUGCCAUCAUUGGAAACAAGACUGACCUGGAGAACCGUGAGGUUUCUUCAGAGGAAGCCGAAAUGUGGAGCAGGCUUCAUGAUGCCACCUACUUUGAAGUCAGUGCCAAGACAGCUGCCAACGUGCAGGAGGUGUUCGAGUGGGCCAUACGGGCCGUACUGAAGAACCGCAGGGUACCUGAAGAGCCACAGCUCAACUCUGUUCACCUAGAGACCAAGCCGCCAGAAGGAACACACCGGCAAAGGUGUGGCUGCUGAUGAGCCCAAAUGCAGAUGGGAAGAUUUAUUUUUCACUGCAGAUCUUGGAAAUGAUGCAAAGAACAGGAAGUACCCCAUAGUGCAGCAACAAGUCUGCCAAACCUUGCAGCCUGCCAUUUUGGUGGCUGGAUUCCAUGAUGAGAUUUGUGGCCUUCUGGAAGAGAGCGGUCUUAUAAUUGAAGGACCUAGAUUGGAGGUGGGAUGGUCUUCAUCCAAACAUAUGGAAAUAAAGCUCAACCUGAUACUUUCCGGUGACAGAAAACGGGUAUCGUCUAGUCCUUUCAUAAAGAGAAAAGGCAAACACUUUGAAGGGAGAAGUGAGGGAAAGAGCUCUUUUUCCAAACAGCAAGUCUUGUUUCCAAAAAAAGUCUUUAAUUGUUCAAAAUAGCACAAAAACGACAGAUACGCAGCACUAGGGGGGGGAAGGGAAAUUCAGGGUGGAUAGCCAGGGUAAACUCCUAUGAGGGCUGUUCCUGUCUCAGUGGAAAAUAAAUCGGGUCAAAUAUAAGAAGGACAGAAGGAAUCUUAAGGACUGAACAGGAAAAUGGGAGACAGCGAAAUAUACUAUAAUACAAAAGACCAGGGCACAGAGCAAGGGAGAGGUUUGCUCGUGGGGGUAUUUUCUGAGGGCUAGUUUGCCUACCAAUCUCAACACAGCAAACAGUGCGCGUGGGGGGGGGAGGCAUUUCUUCUGUAUUCCAUAGAGCUCCCCCAACUCUAGAGAGUAAGCCCUGUUGCUUUCCCCUAUGUGGAAGGUCCCAAGACAACCAGUGGGGGGGAAA